UAACUCGCCCCCGAUUCCGAAAAAUUCCGCCAUAGAUUGAAGCGAGAAACCCCAAGCAAGCAAGCACCACCACAACGACGGCGGCGGCGGCGACGACGAAGACGCCGCCCGGAGCCCUCCGGAUCGAUCAAGUCAAUCUCGAGCGUUCUCGACGCGCCUGCGGCGGCCGGCCUCGAUCCAUUUGGCUGUCCGUUGUCCGCGUCUCCGUCUCCUUUGCGGGGGGGAGCUGGUGGCGUAGCGGCGGCAUCGCCUCCGUUCCGGGACCGGGAGUGGUCGAAAUCUAGCGGCGCCCGGGCAAUGCGGUUGGUUUCUGGCGUGGUUUGACGCGCGCGCGGGGGGUCGGGGAUCUGGGUCUGCGGAAGGUGGGGAGCUCUGUCGGUGGGGGUGGAGUUGGUGGCGAGCCGAGCCGGCCGCGUUUCGGGUCUGCGAGGAUGGAGCGCGUCAUUGGGGGCAAGUUUAAGCUCGGGAAGAAGAUCGGGAGCGGAUCCUUCGGGGAGCUCUACGUCGCCGUGGACAUGCAGAAUAGCGAAGCGGUGGCCGUCAAACUGGAAUCUGUUAAAUCACGGCAUCCUCAGCUACACCAUGAAUCAAAACUGUACAUGCUUUUGCAAGGAGGAACUGGAAUUCCACAUCUUAAGUGGUUUGGGGUUGAGGGGGAGCACAAUGUAAUGGUGAUUGAUCUUCUUGGAGCAAGUCUUGAGGACCUAUUUAAUUACUGCAACAGAAAAUUCUCUCUCAAAUCAGUGCUUAUGCUUGCGGAUCAGAUGAUUGCCAGAGUAGAGUACAUGCAUACAAGAGGAUUCCUUCACCGUGAUAUUAAACCAGACAAUUUCCUUAUGGGUUUGGGUCGUAAAGUAAAUCAGGUUUAUGUCAUCGAUUAUGGACUUGCGAAAAAGUACCGAGAUCUCCAAACACAUAAGCACAUACCAUACAGGGAAAACAAAAAUCUAACUGGAACAGCACGAUAUGCCAGUGUUAAUACACAUCUUGGAGUUGAACAAAGCAGGAGAGAUGAUUUGGAAUCUCUUGGUUAUGUGUUGAUGUACUUCUUAAGAGGAAGUCUUCCCUGGCAAGGUCUGAAAGCUGGUACAAAGAAGCAAAAGUAUGAUAGAAUCAGUGAAAAGAAAAUGCUGACCCCAGUUGAGGUCCUCUGUAAAUCUUAUCCAUCAGAAUUUGUUUCAUACUUCCAUUAUUGCCGAUCACUACGAUUUGAAGAUAAGCCAGAUUAUUCCUAUUUGAAGAGGCUCUUCCGCGACUUAUUUAUCCGCGAAGGGUACCAACUUGAUUAUGUAUUUGACUGGACCAUCUUGAAGUAUCCUCAACUUAGAGAUAACAAACUACGACCUACUGGGAAGACAAGUGCAUUGGGGGGUCGUUCUGCAGAACGAACUGCAGGUGAAGCUUUAGCUAGAAGAACUGGCUCUGGUUCUGGUCGCAAUGGAGAACCCACUAAGCACAGAACUCUAGUGGACUCCCUGAUGUCAUCUAAGGCUGCUGUUGAUAGAGAUAAGACAAGGCCAACAUCAUUGUCGCGGAACGGGAGCACGUCGAGAAGGGCUCUUGUUUCGUCGAGCAAACCAAACUCCGGAGAUCCCAGUGACACAAAUCCAAAUCGCACAAGCCGCCUAUUCUCAAGUAGCAGUAGCCGGCCAUCCGCUGCCCAAAGGGCGCUUCAGUCGGCCGGAGCCGAGGUCAGGUCCUCGUCGUUGUCCAAAACCAGGAAGAGCUCGCGUGAUGAUCCCAUCAUCCGGAGCUUUGAGAUGCUCUCACUCAGCGCUGACAGGAGGAAAUGAGAGCACCGAUGAAUCUGGUGUGACGGGCAAGCCGCAAGCGCACUGAACACGGGUUGUCGUUACGAUUUACGACGAGCUGCAGCCCCCGAUGUUUGUAUGUGAUGUUGUCGAAAUAAUCAUAUUAUUGUUCUAAAUUAAUGUCUGGUCGUCAAAGAAGAUUACUCUUUGCCUGACUGGAGUAUUUGAUAGACGCCCUAGUAUAUGCUGUUCGACAUCUCCUGCGCCGUGGGAAGGCUAGAUGCUUGGUGAAACUCGACGGCAGCUGCUACUGGCCGCCAUCGAGCGCACGGUAGGGACCUGCCCAAGAGGCUUGAACUUCAAGCUGAUCAGCAGCUGAACCUUCUGAAUGAUCGAUCAGUACGCACCAUUGGCUUAUGACUAAUAAGUUGUCUAAGUGAUGCUAUUUUGAAGUAAACUUAGCACCACUCUAUAGUUUAUAAUUUCAACAAGCAAUUUAAUAUCAUAUAAACU